CUUAAACGUUUGGACAAGUAGUUGAUAGUUCUAAAAAUAUUUCAAGAAAUGUUAAAGUUUAUUUCGAUUAGGUGAACCGUGUAUACAUAUAUAUAUAUAUAUAUGUAUAUAUGUAAAUUUCGCACGUUCUAAAAUUUCAUCACAUCUUUAAAAAACUAGUUAAUUCGAAGUCCAAUGCAAAAGUGAGAGUGCCUUUUAAAUUUCUUUUGCAUCUUUAAUAUUGGGGAUUCUUAAUUUAUUAUUAAAAUGGUUGAUAAAGCAGUUAAUGGCGACAUCUCUAGGCGAAGAGUAUCAUCUUAUCGACAGAGAGGAGCCGGCUCUCCACUUUUAGGUUUUCUUUGUGGACUUUGUGUAUUUCUCAGUCUACUUUGUUCCUGUUUAACAGCACUUGUGGUUGUUAUGAGUGAUAAAGCACAAGCAACAAGUUUACUUACAGCAGAUCAAAAAAAGUUCAACAUUUACACAGCAAUGGCAACGGAAAAAACACCAUCCGAUGUACCAUUUAGACUAUCAAAAGAAGUAAAACCAAUUCAUUAUGAUUUAUUAAUGCAUCCUGACUUAGAAAAUGGAACAUUUAAAGGCAUUGUUACUAUUUUAAUAAAUGUUUUGGAUAAAAGAGGAUAUAUUGCUAUUCAUCAAAAAGAUCUUAAUAUAACAAAAACAAAAUUAACACACGAGAAAGAUGAUGUUUAUGAAAUUCCAAUAAAGGAAACAUAUACAGUGGAAAAACAAGAAGUUUUUAUGAUUUCCACUGAAGAAAAUCUCAAUCCAAAUAAAUAUCAUUUACAUUUGGAAUUUAAUGGAUUAUUGAGGCCUGACAAAAUUGUUGGAUUUUAUUCGAGCAAAUAUAAAGACUCUCAAGAUAAGGAUAGAUAUAUUGCAACAACAAAAUUUGAGCCAACUUACGCGAGAAGAGCUUUUCCUUGCUUUGAUGAGCCCAGUUUCAAAGCAGAAUUUACUAUUAAAGUUAUUCAUCCAUCAACUGAUUGCUAUGGAGCCAUUUCCAAUAUGAAUGUUGAGAAAUCAGAGGUGAAUAAACCCUCAUUGGGAUUAACGACAGUAACUUUUGCAAGAAGUGUUCCAAUGUCAACUUAUUUGUCCUGUUUUAUUGUUAGUGAUUUUGUUGCACUCUCAAAAACUGCAAAACGACUUGAUGGUACAACUUUUCCAAUCAGUGUUUACACAACAAAAGCCAACAAGGAAAAGGGUACUUUUGCUCUUGACAUUGGAGUGCAAAUUAUUGAAUAUUACAUUAAUCUCUUCAAAGUUGAUUAUCCUCUACCAAAAAUGGAUAUGGCAGCAAUUCCUGAUUUUGUGUCAGGUGCCAUGGAAAAUUGGGGCCUUGUAACAUACAGAGAAGCAAGACUUUUAGUUGAUGAUAAAAUAAGUUCUUCAGCAAAUAAAGAAGGUGUUGUUUCAGUGAUUGCUCAUGAAUUUGCUCAUAUGUGGUUUGGAAAUUUAGUGACGAUGGCUUGGUGGAAUGAUUUAUGGUUAAACGAAGGAUUCGCAACUUAUAUGAGUUAUAAAAGUUCAGAUGCCAUUCUUCCGGAUUGGGGAUUGAUGGAUCAUUUUCUUACUGAACAGUUGCAUGUAGCUUUUCAAACUGAUGCAAAACUCAGUUCCCAUCCGAUUGUUCAAACUGUCUCAAAUUCUGAUGACAUAACAGCAAUUUUCGACGUGAUAUCAUACAAUAAGGGUGCAUCUGUUCUAAGGAUGUUGAACGAUUUUGUUGGCUCGGAUGUAUUUUAUGAAGGAGUCACAACCUAUUUGAAAAGAAAUGCUUAUCGAAAUGCAGAAACAGCGGAUCUCUUUUCCAUUCUACAGGAAUCUGUUGGUAAUCGUAUUAAUAUUAAUGCAAUUAUGGACACCUGGACUCGUCAAAUGGGUUUUCCUGUUAUAAAUGUUUCUGUCAAAUCAAAGACUUCCUAUACUUUAACCCAAAAACGUUUUCUCGCUGAUCCAAAAGCUCAGUUUAAUGCUUCAGAUUCAGAAUACGGUUACAAAUGGACUAUUCCAGUUACUUACAUCACAAGCGCUAAUUCGACUCCAACUUUGAUUUGGUUUAAUAACGAUGCGAAAAAUUUGGUGAUCAAGCUUGACGAACCAGUUGAUUGGAUAAAAUUCAAUUGUGAUCAAAUUGGAUACUAUCGUGUAAAUUACGAAACUGCUGAAUGGCAUAAACUUGCAGAUGUUCUACGAUGGAAUCAUAAGAGAUUUUCCACUUCGGAUAGAACACACAUUUUGGAAGAUGCUUUUAGUUUAGCUGAUGCUGCUGAACUUGACUACAAUAUAACUAUGGAUAUGACUAAUUAUCUAUCAUCGGAACUUCACGCUGUUCCGUGGGAUAUGGCAUCCACUAAAUUUUUGCAAAUGAACACUUUACUCUCUUCGACUAGUGCAUCCUCAAAAUUCCAGGAAUAUGUUCGAAAUUUGGUAGAUCCUAUCUACCAUGAAGUUCUUUGGAAAGUCGAAAAUGUUGAUAGUUACGUAACUUUAAAUCUCAGAACUGUGAUACUUGAAUUGGCUUGUGAAAUGGGUCACACUGAAUGUUUAGAGGAAGGAGGUGAAAUUUUCAAAAAAUGGAUUAAUGAUCCCAAAGAUGAGCGCCCUCAUCCUGAUAUUAGAUCAACCGUCUAUUAUUACGGUAUGAGUCACAUUGGUGGAGAGGCAGAAUGGAAUAAAAUGUUUGAAAAAUUUACAAAGGAAACAAAUUCUCUUGAGAAAUUAAAAUUAAUGCGUGGUUUAGCUGGUGUACGCUCAGCUUCAUUGCUUAACAGAUUUAUUUCUUACGCAAUGGAUGAAAAUUAUGUACGAGCACAAGAUGCUUUUUCAUGUUUGCGUCAAAUCUCAGCAAAUCCCGUUGGUACUCCACUAGUUUGGGAUUGGGUGCGAGGAAAUUGGGAAUUUCUUGUUAAAAGAUAUACAUUAAACGAUCGUUAUUUAGGUCAAUUGAUCCCGGCGAUUACAAAAUCAUUUUCUACAGAAGUAAAAUUAAAUGAAAUAACAGAAUUCUACGCGAAAUACCCGGAAGCAGGUGCCGGUGCCUUAUAUAGAGUUAGAGCUCUUGAAACUGUCGUUAACAACAUUAAAUGGUUACAGAAGAAUGAGGCGAAAAUUGAAGCUUGGUUAAAUUCUCGGUGAAAUAGUUGAAAAAUUGUUUCAUUUUGUUUAAUAUAAGUUACGUUUUCAUUUACUCGAUCUCUUUUUCUUUUUUUAAAUCUGAAUAUUUUCAAACACAUAUAUAUAAAUAUAUAGAUUCAGAUUUAGAGAUUAAAGAAAAGUAUUUAUCAGUCAUUUAUUUGCAAUAUUAAAGAAUUAAGUCGACUGAUUAUUAAUAGUCUGAAAAAUAAUGUAUUUCUUUACAUUUUUACAGAGUUUUUACUUUUUAAUGUUACUCAUUAAUAUUAUUCUAAGAAUAAAAUAAAAAAGUUCUUUAAUAA